CAAAUCAACAAACAUCCAAGCAUGAUAAAACAAAGUUAUAUGAUAGGAACCUGAAGGCUAAAUGCGUCUUUUUAUUGACCACCAUUCAAUGGAACCGGUUGCUGACGUCAUCACAUAAAAGUUCACCGAAUCCAGCAGUGAUGGAAUCAACCGGUGGAUUAAAGGAUACGCCUAAAGUUGUCAAUUGGUGAUUAUUGAAUAUUGACACAUGACAGUGACAGAAGACGACACUGCUAAAAAAUUCGAGUGCAAGUGAUGGUGUCAAGAGAGAUAAUGAAUUUCUAAAUUAUUUUCAUUUUGCGUAUAUGUGUUGAGAUUAUUCAAAUAACGCUGCAGAAUGUCUGGCUUCGAUGACAACCCUUUUGGGGAACCAACUAUAGAUAAUCCCUUCGCAGACCCGUCUAUACAACAAGCUGCCAGAUCUAGCAAUGCCCAAAUUAGGGUUGAUGACUAUAAUCCUUUCCCCAAUGCACAAACUCAAAAACCGGUAACGUAUGAGCAACCUAACACUGGCCCUGCGAUAAUGCAACCGACCCAAGAGCCCCCUACAUACACCAAAAGUGGCCAACAAACCCAAAACAUUCCUAAAGCAACUUUAAAUACAGAAGAAUUACAGCGGAGGCAAGAAGAAUUGGAAAGGAAAGAACAGGAGCUUGCGCGUAGAGAAGAGGAAAUGAGACAGUCCACUUACAAUGUUAGGCGGAACAAUUGGCCUCCGUUGCCUGAACAAUGUUGUUUCCAACCAUGCUUCUAUCAAGAUAUAAAUGUGGAUAUACCACUAGAAUUUCAAAAAAUCGUUAGACAUUUAUAUUAUCUUUGGAUAUGUAAGUAAUGUCUUUUUUCUUUCUGCAUUUCAAGUUUUUUUUUUAUACUCCAGCUACCACGAAGACCUAAGGCCUAAACACCCAUGGGGUUCCGUGGGGCUAUAGGGAUACAUACAGCGGAAAGGGGGGGGCGCCACACGGACUCUAGCGAGGGAACACGUGUGUAUGCAGCAUGCAUACCUCUGCGUACGGCAGUGAGAGACCGUCUACCACCUACGGUGUGAAUAAGAAGCUAAAAAUUGUACGAAUAUCGUCUAGUCUCACAGUUUCUAUUCUCAACAAUUGAACACGUUGAUUAUGCAGUAUGCAAUACAAAAUAAUUUAGGAAGAAUGUAAGAUCUAUCUCAGCAUCUUGUCGGCGACACGCGUAUUGUAUCGAAUCGAGUUCAGCAAGAAUGUUCAGAGAAUUGUUCCCCAUCCUUUUUGGGCUAUUACUUCGGUAUACUUAGUCUAGUAGGAUUUUAGCCAUAGCACUAUACAUAUAUUAGAAGGAAUUUGAGCGCCUCAUUUACCAGAUAAGCAGGGUCAACUGUACCAAAGGCUUUUGUUAAGUGGAAAAAGAGUGUUGGUACCCUCAUAUUUGAAUCUAAUUGUCCAUGAACAAAGUUGAGCGUAUUUAAGAAUGCAGACUCGGUUGCUUAACGAAAUCUGAAGCUGUGUUGUUCUUUACAGAAUUGUUCAUUAAUUGGAUAUUACCAGGUGAUUCUUAUGUUCAGAGCCUAAAUAUUAAAGCUUGAGAUUUUUACUUGAUUACGAGAGGUUGAUGAUAAUUUUUUGUAGCAUUGGAUUCAGCUAAUCUUCAAACAUUUUUUUGCAGUUCAUGGCAUAUUAAUGAUACUAAACGUAAUUGGUGGAAUGAUUUUGAAGGACUUCACCGUGAUAGGACUGGGAAUUAUGUAUCUGCUACUAUUCACUCCAUUUGGAUACUUGUGCUGGUUCAGACCAGCUUACAAAGCAUUCCGUUCAGACUCUUCAUUCAACUUUAUGGUGUUCUUUUUCAUAUUUUUCAUCCAAUUUGUAAUAACUGUUAUCCAGACCAUAGGAAUUCCUGGAUCAGGGACUAUAGGAAUCAUAACAGCCCUAAGUACCUUUAAAAAUUCAGCAUGGAGCAUUAUUUCUGGGAUCAUUGCUUUGAUAAUAGCUUGUGGUUUUGGUUUUGCUGCUACAGCCGAUUUAAUCCUCAUAUCAAAGAUUCAUCGCAUGUACCGAAGUACUGGAGCAAGUUUAGCCAAGGCCCAGCAAGAAUUCACAACGCAGGUCCUCGGUAAUCAGUAUGUAAGAAAUGCCGCAACUAACAUAGCUACCGAGGCAGUUCAGUCCCAAUUUAACCAAAACCAAAAUAAUGCCAGAUAUUAGAUUUAUCAUCUGUUUUUGUUCAAUUUUGAUUCUUUGCUUGCAGUAUUCAAUAAUCGGUGGGUGUUACAGGUUGACUCGUAGUUAUGAAGGUAGAACAUGGAAAAUACAUUGUAAGAUUUCAAAAACAUUAAUCAUUUUGUGUUUGACUGGUAACAUGAAUGCAUUGAUGACAUUUAUCAACUUCGGUGCAGUCUUUUGUACGGAAACGUUUUACAUUUCCCGUAUAUCCAAAGAGGUACAUUUCAACUUUUCCCUACAUAUCAUUUUAGGAGAAUGGACGUCGAAAAUGAUCUACCUUUUAUUGGCACUACCUCUACUUUCAUAACUUACGAGAAACACUGUUGCCAUAACAGAAUAUAGAAAUUUUUACAUGACUUUUUGGUGUAAAUACAUUAUCUAAGUGUUGAUUUCUAAAAUCCACAGUGAUUGAGUAGCUAUAUCCAUAUACCGGGUGUUUUAAAUUCGACCAUCACCUUUGGUACCUCAUACGAAGUCGCUUAAAUGAGGAAAAAGUUGCGUAUUUAGAUGGGACGUCCCUUUUUAGAUUCCUUUUCAACUUCCUGCUCGCAGCAGUAUUCUAAAUCCUUUUCAUCUGAUAAUUCCAUGGUGUGUAUAGACAAUGUUUUCAUGUUUUUGUCAAAGAAUGCAUUUUUGUGCGUUUUUUCUUAAAUCGCUACUUGAUAACAAAUAUAAGUACAGCUCUGAAAUUGUCUGUGAAUAUUCCUCUUUUAUGUGACGUACAAAAUCCCGCUUAGAAAGUUAAAAAAUCCAAAGUACUUCCGGAAAAAGCCAAAUUUUUCUAAAAUGAUUUUAGUUUCUCCUGACAACACAGAAUUUCCUAGGAAGGUCCUAAAAUUAUCAGCGUCAUUUGUUUCAUAUACCAGAUUUAUCAAACAAUUAUUUUUAUUUGUUGCUGACUUGAUUCGAGAUGCGAUCUCGAAAUAAAUUGCGUCUUAUCGCUGCCACUUUUUCUCCUCUAAAAGAUGGCGUGUUCAAAUUUCCAAUUCGAGGUUUCGAACUUAUUUUUGAUUAUAUUUUUCAUAUGGACAAUAUAUUGGAAUAUUGUACAUGUGAAUACUAGUAACAAUAAUAUUAAUUCAUUUAAAAUUCAAUUAAAUAUGUGAAGUUUAUCGUAUAUUCAUAACUAAAUGGAGAAUUAAAACUUGUGUUCUAUUGCGCAAAAUUUCAAUAGGGAGUUCAUAAGGAAAAACAAAGAUAAGGGUGGAGUUUGAAAGCAGAAACGUCUGAUAGAGAAUUUGACUACAUUAUAUUUUAGAGGGAAAAGGGUGGUAAUGCUAAUAUUCAAUUCGUUUUAUAUAUGCUUAUUUCUUUUCAAUAAAUACGGUAUACGAAAAAAAUGACUCUCAUGAAUCUCAUAAUUUCAAGGCCUACCUAUUUUUAAAUAAAUCAGAUUUGGCAAUGUCCAUAUUAUAAUUAUAUUUUUGAAAUCAGAAUUAAAAACUCUAUUCAUCUAUGCAAAAGUCCAAUAUAGCGUCCAUUAGAAAAAAUGAAGUUGAUGCUGAAAGAUAAGAGACGUAACAUUGAAAUCUAAUUAUUCCAUCUUGUGGAGGACAAAAAGUCGCAAUGUUAGUGUGCUAUUCCACUAAAAAUAAAGUCAGGGAAAAAAUAAAACAAUUUUUAGAAAAUACGGUUUUUCCGCCUUUUUCCCGGAGAACUUUGACUUUCAAAACUUUGGUUAGUUAGUUACCUAAAUACCCAGCUUUGGCUCUAUUUGAGCCACUUUGUACUCUCUAUUACCGUUACCGAGAUUCCAAUUGUGACGAUCCAAUUUGAAACCCCCGGUAUGUUAUUUUGUUACAUCGAGUUAUAAUAGGUCGUGUAUAUAUAUAUAUAUAUUUUUAUGCAUACUGACUACUGUAUACUGUCAAUUACUUUAACCAUUUUUUCCCUGCUAACACACAUAUGAUCUCAAAAAUAGUUACAGCUACUAUUUUUGAUUUUUCCCCUGCCUUUCAAAAUUAUGAAACAGCUUGUACUUAAAAUUGGCCUCAAAUAUGGUAACUUGAUAUCGUCAUGUGAAGUGUAUAAAAUAGUUGUGAUAUACAAAAAUAAAUAAAAUGGCCUUAUAUGACAUAUUUUAGGCCGAAACAUGAAAAGGAGAGUGGCUAUUCAAAACGCUCUUGAACACAUUUCUUGUUGAUAGAAAAGAGUUUACAUUUUAUCACAGAACUGCAAUAAGGGCAGCUUUGAAAAUCCUGUAGUGUUCAAUGCAUUUUUUUAACUGAUAUAUUGGAGAAAUAAAUUUUCCUUUUCAGUUGCGAAGUAUAUAAGAUUUUGUUCCACAAUUUUAUUAUUCUUCUCCAGGCUUUCAUUACUGUUGUUUCAAAGUUUGUGUAAUUUUUUGAUAAUGAUUGUUUUUUUGUUUUUGAAUAGCCAAAACUCCUAGAUAUGGUAUAUCAACAUGAUUGGCAUGUAUGUAUUCGAAUGAAAUGCUGGACUGUCCAUUCACCUUAGUCAUGUGUUUAGUCUACAUAUUAGUCAUUGAUUUUAAAUGGACUAACAGUAUUUCGUUCAUGUGAUGUAUAUGAAUAUUUUUGAUCAGCAUAGCAUAUAUGGAACAUGUAAGUCUGGCACUUUGGUUAUAAUGUUAUCUCAUCUCACGAGUUGUUAAUGUAAGUUACACUAAAUUAUUAUUAAAUGAAAGUCUAUUA